UAUACAAGUUCAUUUAGCCUUCUUCCUCUUUCCAUUCAUCAGUUCGUUAGAGUGAGUGAAUGAACCACAAAACAAAAGAAGUAAACAAUGGCGAUUAGAGGUGCAGCUUCUUCAAUCGGAAGACAAACAAGCACAUCAUCUCUGCUCUCGAUUUCAGGAUAUCUCCGAACUAGAUAUCAUGGUUCUGCUUCAAACCCUCUUCAUAGAUCACUUUCAUUUCCCCAUUCCCAAACAGGAUUUAAGUAUUCGAUUCGCGCAAUACAAGGGGCAGCAGCAGAUCCUGUAGCUCCCAAGAAAGAAGACGAGGAACAAUUAACCAAGGAAUGGAAGAUUAAAAUGCUUUACGAUGGCGAGUGCCCUCUUUGCAUGCGUGAGGUCAAUAUGCUAAGAGAGAGGAAUAAGAGCUAUGAAACAAUCAAGUUUGUUGAUAUAAGUUCGGUUCAAUACUCUCCGGAGGAGAAUCAGGGCCUUGACUAUGAAACUGUUAUGGGAAGAAUUCAUGCGAUCCUAUCUGAUGGAGCUGUAGUCACAGAUGUCGAGGCAUUUAGAAAACUAUAUGAAGCAGUUGGUCUGGGAUGGGUUUAUGCCAUAACCAAAUACAAGCCUGUUGCAACAAUAGCCGAUGUUGUGUAUGGUGUUUGGGCUAAAUAUCGUCUUCAAAUAACAGGUCAUCUGCUAGGUUGAGAGUGAACCGUAUCCCAAAUUUAUUUUAUCACACGAGGCCAUAUACUUUUGCCACUUCCCAACAUGUGAUGCUGGACAUAUGUUCAUGUGACAUACUUCAAAUUAUGCUUCAGUUAGUUACAUCAGAAAAUCACAAAAACGUGUACUUCUUCUAUGUUAUGCAGAUGGCUUCUGCUAUUUUGUACUAGUUUUCAGCUUUAAUAAUGACAAGUCAAUGAUUUUUCUGAUU